AUGCCCGAGGCUCCUGGGAGCGGUGGCCGGAGGCGGAACGCAGCCAAGAAGAUCAAUUACAAUGAAAAGAUGGCAGAUGCAGAGCUGGCGCGGCGCAUCAAACAGCUGGAGAAGGGGCGCGGCCGCGGGGGAGCACGUGCGGGAGGGCGGGGAAGGGCCAGCAAUUUCAAGUAUCAAUGGUACCUGCAGGAUCGAAGUGUGGGGUGGAAUUUUAUACCGUCGUUGCCCCCGACGUGCCGGAAACACAGCCGGUUUUCGAACAUCCUGGAGCUGGAAGAGGCGCUGGUGGAUGUGCGCCGGCAGGUGGUGGUCCACGGGGGCAGCACACUGCUGCGGAGGGACGAGCACAUCUACAUGGUGUCGGAGCCGCCGGGCGAGCCGUACUAUAUCGGGCGGGUGAUGGAGUUUGUGGGCAAGACGGAGUUCCGCAAGCUGAUCGAGGACGCGGUGUCGGAGGGGGUGGCGCAUGUGUUUCCGGCACGGUACUUCCAGGCGCGGAUGAACUGGUACUACCGUGCGCGGGACAUACAGGACAACCCGCAGAAUGCGGACCCGCGGCUGCUGUACGCGUCCCUGCACAGUGACCUGUGUCCGCUGCAUUCGUACCGCGGCAAGUGCACGGUUGUGCACCGCUCCGAUGCAGAGGAGGGGUAUGCGACGCGGCCCAAUUACUUUGUGUUUGACCAGCUGUUCGACCGGUACACCUUGAGCUACUACGACGUGUGGCGCACCGAAAAGCUGCUUGCGCUGGGCCCCGGCUCAAAGUAUCUUGAGGCGCUGAGCGAAAGAUAUCCUCACGUUUAUGUUGAGGAAAAGUACCCGCUAGAGCACGUUGUGCGACGGUAUAUAGUUGGGGAAAACGUGCCCGACAAGGUGGACGGGCAGUUGUGGGAUCAGCGAUGCGGGCAGUGUCGCGAGUGGUGCGAACAGGCGCAGUCGCUGCGAUGUGACUCCUGUAAGGUGCCGCUCCAUCUUUUCUGUUUUGAUCCCCCACUUGACCGUAAGCCAGCGAAAGGUGUGUCCUGGAUAUGCUCAGACUGCGUGCGGACGCAAAAUAACGAGACCAACUCCGACCAGAUGUCUGCAGCAGAGGAAAGCGAGUUUGAAAAGCUCAGUAGCGUAGCGCUUCGGGAACUUGGGAAGGGGAUCAACCUCGAGAAUUGGUGGUUCCAGUACUUUGGUUCACGACUGGUCUGUCACCUGCAGGACUGCUUAUCCACAGCUCUUGUUCUGCCGUACCCGAUUAAGUGUUCUAGGGUCGGUAACAAGGUGCAGUGGUCCUCUUGUAACGAGCCGGAAUGGCUGCCCCGGCCUUAUACUGGCGAAGAAUGCGAGCGGGGUGAGGACAGCAGUUUAGAACUGUUAUGGUCUCUGGACACCGCUAAGAUCACACCCGAAACACUGGACGCAUAUUUGGAGCGAUGUUCCAGUACAUUGCCCGAACCGCUCGGAAUCACGCCUCAAGCUACGAACUUUUUGGAUAUGGUCUUGAAAGCGCUUGUGGACUGUCGGUUUGAUUUGGAGGCUGCAUUUACUUGGUGUCGCAAUAAUAUGACCCGCAAGACCUUGAAGGAACCUACUUUAACAGAAGAGGAAGUGGAGAAGUUCGAAAAUGCUGUAGCCGAGCAUGGGAGCGAACUUCAUCCAGUAUGCAAAUAUGUCGGUAGCCAACCCAUGUCAAUGAUUGUUCGAUUCUACUAUUAUUGGAAGAAGACUCCGAAUGGCCGUCGCAUCUGGGGGAACUUUAAAGGCAGAAGUAAAAGGGGUAGGCAGAAGUACGAUGAUGGGCUACCAGAGAAUACACCAUCGGACAGCACCAGGAAACGGAAAAGAAUAGCCACCGAAAAAGUGGAGGAGGUCUCGAAACAGUGGCGACAUGUUGACGAAUCCUGUUUUGAUUCAGAGCAGAUUAGUAAAGUUAAGGCCUGCUUCCAGUGCAUGUUUUGCAACGUAGACUAUUCGCCCCUGUGGUAUAGAGUGACUGGUGGCUGUGACGAUGAAAAGGUACAAUCUAGGAUGAAAACAGGAGUGAAUGAAAAGACCAAUACAUCGGAAAAGGCCCCCUCUCAGCAAAUAACAAAGGAUGAUAAUAAAUUAACAGCGUUAUGUAUUCGCUGUGCUCGGAUGUGGAGAAGAUACGCAGUUAAAUGGCAUGCGCCACUCGACGUUUUGAAGCGCCUGAAUGGGCCGAGCAUGAAUAAUGUCCAGAGUAAUCUUCAGCAAUUUCUUGAUGACCCUAAUGAAUCGGUAGUGAAAACUUCCCCAGCACAGGCACAAACCAAAAUGGUAGAGUGGGAGCUGGUACAAGAUAUGGAACUAAUAAUAAAGCAAAGGCUAGAAAUAAUAUCAAAUCCCGAAAGAUUGAUAAAGAUGAAACGCAAUUGCCUAAGCGCGCACGCACAAUUAAACAAGUUGGUGAAGAAAUUAAUACCGGAAUCUUUGAUGUCAGAAUCAGAUAUGAAGAAAGAGUUGGAAGUUUAUAUUGCGCAUUAUGCUGCGGAAUUGAAAAAGAAGGAGCAGAAAAUGCAACAGAAGAAUAAGCACCUACUAUCUGUAAAGGAGCAUAACUUAGAGGCCAUUGGAAGUAAAAUGAAAACGGAAUUGAACUCAACCACUUCUGUGGAACAGCUGGGGGCAGUUCAGAAGCCAAAAAGGCAAAAAACUCAGAAAACACUUCAAAAUACGGCCGUUCUGCUCGAUAUACCUGGUAUCUCGGAGCCAGAAUUCACAGAAAAAAUCACGCUCGACAACAACUUUGAACAUAUAAAAAUACCGGAAGCUAUUCAUAAUAAGCUCUUUGGUAGUAUGUUUAAUGAUAAUGCUGACCAUACUGAGGACCUGGCGCUCAUCAAUGGCCAGAACAACCAUCAGAGACAGCUAUCCCUGAGACAAUCUCCAUUCAACAGCAAUGACAUUCCUAUUGUAAGACACAUGCAGUAUGAGGGGAUCCUCAGAGAGUACAAUUCACACAAUGCAUCUUAUGCUGUAUGGCGCAAAAACCACAGUGGUGCAUUUACCAAUGUAGAGAAGAGUGGUCCAAAUAAGUCAAAAAGUUGUACGCCGCCCUCUUCGGCUGGGCGUUCCAGGGCACAUACGCUAGUGUCAGUUGAUAACCUAAUGGCAACAAAUGCUGUAGAGCCGAGGGACUUUUGUUGCAUAUGCUUCGGAAAAUUUAAAACCGAUGAGUAUGAACUUUUGUGUUCGAACUGCGGUCUCAAUGUGCAUACAUAUUGCUAUGGUGUCAAUAAACCGAGGACAUCGGUUUCUCCAGGAGCUCUUUGGUUGUGCGAUCCAUGUUCAAAUGACCGGAACGUUCUCGUUUCCACAAAUUACCAAUGCACUUUGUGUAUGGCACGCGAAAUUGACCACGAUUCUAGCAGGAAAAGACUCAAGAAAGCAGUCCCCGAUGCACUCAAACCCGAUGUAAAUGGCAACUGGUGCCAUGUAAUCUGCGCCCUUUUCAAUGAACAGAUAAAGUUUGGCUCCGCGACCAAUUAUCAGCCAGUGUACAAUAUUGGCCCAACAUUGCUAAAGAACAAUGGCGUAAAGUGUGGAAUAUGCACUAUGCUAGGUGGGGGACUGGUUAGAUGCGAUAAGUGUCCCUUUAAGUUUCAUGUUACAUGUGCCCAAGACUCUAAAAACUUUACAUUAUGCUUCAAGAAGUAUAUGGUGGCGAUUGCAAAUAGUCCUACGCAUGUGGUCGAUGGGGACGAAAUAUAUACGGUAAAACCGAAGAUAUUGUGUCCUCAACACCAUUCUGACUCGAACACCGGCGCAUAUUUGCCUUUGAACCACACCAUCUCGUCUGGUGCACCUCUUUUACAAUUCUACAUGGAAAACUAUAAGGCAUGCACAUUUGUUAACAGCUACACUACAAUUGGCCUAAGAGCAAUGGAACGUGAGGCAUGUUCUCUUCUUCUUGCGCAAUAUGACAACUUGGAAUCACCUCCACAUAACGGCAUUUCUAAAGAGGCAACCAACAAGUGCGUCAAGUGUGCUGCUACUCUUGCAUUGUGCUGGUUUGAAAACCUGUGCCAUAGCUGCUCGAUUGUUGUCGCCGCCGAAAGCGACGUGAUUGAGGUAGACGACACCCCGGUGUUACCGGAUCAAGGAACGAUAGAUGAAGCUCUCGCUGAAGAGCUCCUGCAUGGUAUUGACAGCACAAAGCUCUCCAUUGAGCUGAAUAUCCUCCACUCUGCAAAGGGGAAACGGAAAGGGGGCAGGUACGGAAAGCGUAACCUGCCGAAACCCUCCAUAGACGCCUCGAAUGUAGUGGUGCAGCCGAUGGGGACCAACCUGCCGCCACAAACAGGUGUUGCAAUUACCACAACGGACACUGAGCCGCCAAACGGCGCAUGUUAG